AUGUUACUGACCAGCUUGCUCAUGCUGGCCGUUGUUCAUGUUUCGAAAUGUGGCCAAGUGAAAUGUUUCUGCGACCGCGAUUCCUGCGACGACAACCUUCUAUGUCAAGGCGAUUUUUGUUUUAUCGGAUUGAGAAGAGAGGAUACUGGUGAUACUCCGAAAUUACGGCAACACUGCGGUUCCGCCGGUGAAAUACCGUACUUGAACGGUGGUCACACUCGAUGUGAGGAACGGAUCGAUAACUGGCAAGAGAUCUGCAAAUGCGAAGAGGAUUUCUGCAAUACGUUCGCCUACCUUCGAUCGUCGAUCGAUUCACGACAGGACAGACGUGAUGUUGUGCAAUUCACCAAACAGGAAGUACCGUACCCACCUGUUCAUUCACGACCGGAAACACCAACCGCACGAAACCAGAGCUCAUCGUUGAUCGUGCUUCUCGUCAUAAUUCCGCUGUCCGUUGGCGGAUUUGCCGUCUGCCUCAUAUUCCUCAAUUAUCACUGCAAAAUGUGUUGA